AGGCAUGGAGGAGUGCGCUUGCCUCUGCAGCGUGGGCUCUUCACAGGGACGUCGGUGUCCUCAGAAGCGCCAGCGCCCAGCUGAGAAGGCAGUGGCCGAUGGCAAGCCGGCCCUGGCCCCGGCAGAAAAGCACGUCGAGGCGGACGCGGCAGCGUGGUGCUGUGCUGGGAGUGGAGGAGUCGCAAGCUCCAUGCCGCCCCCGCCAACCCCGCACUGCUUGCUGCAGGACCUGCCGGUGGAGAUGCUGGUGGAGAUCUUCGCCUCGCUCCCAGGCACCAACCUGCCCAGCCUGGCCCAGGCCUGCACCAAAUUCCACCAAAUCCUGCACACCGACAGCAUCUGGAGACGGUGCUGCCGGGAGGAGUAUGGUGUUCGUGAAAAUUUGCAGAACCUGGAGAUCGGUAUGUCUUAUCGAGAAGUCUAUGCGAAGCUGUUCCACCCAUACAGACACAUUUUGGGAUUGUGGCAGCUAGAUCAUUUCGAUAGAACACUGCUGAAUGUCGUGGUGGACGGCUUAUGCAUUACUGGUUGGAGGUACGGGCCUUCCCUUGACACCCAUGUGGAUGACCCAAUGCAUUUCAAGCCCUCGUUCAGAAUUCGCCUGACGGAGAGGAAAUCAGCCACGGUGGAGUGCAUGGAAGGCCUCAACAGCAGGCCCCACCACGGCCACAUUCUGAUUGAGAAGGACAGGUUCACCACCCUGUGUAAGAUGACAGACCACCAAGCGGGUUCACUAACGUGGCUUUGGGGAGGACAGAGGUGGGUGCUGGUGAAGGAGGACAGCCUGACCUACCGCCGCCUCUACCUCCCGCCGAGCCACCCGACGACCUCAGGCCUCUUCCAAUACAACUACGAUGCCUUCGGCCUACAGAUUGCCAUGCUCAGCUUCCAUGGGAAGUAUGCCAGGGUCACGAGGGUCACCGGAACAGCCAAGGCGUUAGAGAUCCACCUCAUGCGCCGCAUCCAGCUGCGAGAUGGCGAGAUCUUCCGCAACUUCAACGAGCUCUCCCGCGUGGUCCAGGAGAUUGACGAGCAGGUGACCGGGGAGCGGCAGCAGCAGCAAGAAGACGGGACUGAGGAAAGCCAGGACCAUGGCUGGCAGAGCCCUGCCAAGCCCAGCGUGGGGGAGUUCGGGGCUGCAGCUGCGGAGGAGCAGCCUGUCCCGUUUGUUCUGCCUGUGGGCGUGCGCUCAAGACUCCACAACUACCCCCGAACCUGCAGGAUGUGUUUCUAUGGCGUGGACACUGUUACUGAUACCUUCUUUGAAUUCACAUUCACCAGUCGCUUACCUGGAGUCUUCAUCCUGUUUGAUGAGAACCACUUCGGGUUCAUCUGGCUCCAGGCGGAAUACUUCUUCCUGUACCGCAGAGUCCAGAACACCUUCCAGAAUGUGGAGGCACCAUGCAUUUAUUCUAAGAUGUUUUCUUACUAG